CUCACAAAGCCAAACUACACCACAAAUAUCUCUCUAUUCCACCCUCUUUAUUUCUUGUCUUUUGCUCUCUCUCUUUUUAACUCUUUCAAGAGAUUCACCUCUCCGAAUCUACAACUUGUGCAGGGUUAAUUUUCUGAUCUGGGUUACAUCUUUAUUCAGUUUACACACAGACAGAUCACUCACUACCAUCAUUUAUUAUUUAUUACUGUGAACGAAUCUUUCCUUUCAUUUUACACAAUUGUUAAAAACAGACUAUUAAUAAAAACCAGUCAAGUUUUGAGGUUGUUGGAGUGUUCUGAAAGAUUCAUUUGUAUGGGUUUUAUGUAUCAAAUGCAAACCAUGUUUUUGUUGUUCUUGUCUCCAUUUCAGAAUUCUUCAGUAAACAUUUGAACUAUACGUUUUGGAAGCAUUUCGGAUCAUGGGUAGAGCUAGAGGAAAGGGUAAAAAGUUAACUGCUGUGCUGAAUAAUGAAGAUCCUGAGAGUGGUGCUGAAGAAGCAAUUCCUGCAUACAAGAAAAGGAGAAGACCACAAAAACCACUGAAAGAUGAAAUUGAUGGAGAUGAGGUUGAGAACAUAGACGAGGAAGAUGGGGAGAAAGAAAAAUCUGCUAUCUUAAACAAAGAAGCAAAAGCUUUAGUUGAUGUGGAGAAUGGAAAGAAGAGGAAGCGGAACUUGAAAGAGAAUUUGGAUGCUGUGAAAGAGGAGAAUAGUAUUGUUGGAACCAGAACAGGUACCGACAACUCUACCAAGUUAAAUGGAUUUCCACAAUACAGAAAUCGACGAAAAAACAAGCCUCGGAGAGCUGCUGAAGCUGGCGUUGAGUGCAAGUGAGUUUUGUGUUAGCCACCAGAUUGGUUUUACUUUCUAAUUUUUGCCUGCCAUGAAGAACCAUAUCCAUUUGGUUUAUGUCUGGUUUACUAGUGCUCUUUUGUUCCCCGUAGUUUUCAGUUUUAAAUUUCUUGUUCA